GCCGACCUAUUCUGAGGCUGAGGAUUUCACUGAAAGCCACCUGAGAGUAUCCUGUUUCUACAUUGAAGCUUCCUAGAGAUCUUUCUUCAAUCUGAUUUCUCCAAACACUUCUUAACUGAGAAGAAGAUAUCUCAAACCCCAAAAGGGGGCUGAAGACUCUUCAGGGGAGAACCCAGUCCCCUUGCCCUUCCAAUCUCUUAGCACCUGCCUCCUUGUAGUUUCUUUAGGCUAGACAGAUACAUAAAUUAAUAGUGGUCUUAUUUAGUUGGGGAUAUGGGUCAGAGAAACCUGAAUUUGUGAUAUCACACUGUUCAGGCCAGGGACCAAAUAGGAAACAUUAGGGUAACCAAUUCCCAUUUCCCAUCACCCAGUUUACCUAAAAAUCCUUCAUUAAAACCUUAUAAAGUAGUCAGAUUUGCUAAGCCUCUUGAUAUGUUUGAAAAGGUAUAUGAUUCAAGAACAAUAGAGAGUCAUCUGCGCCAAUGCUCUCUGAGGCUUUGCUCUUCCUGGAGGUUUGCCUCUAGAUUCUCUCUGUGGGAGAAGAACAUCCUUAGGUUUAGUUGGCAGGGGAAACCUGUCUUCAAUUCCCCACCACCCAUUUCCUCAGGGAACCCAGUGCUGUAACUGAUAACUGUCUCCCUCAGGGAGGAGGGAGGAAGACAGAAGCUAACUCCAUUCAAGCUUUGGCUCUCUCUUAUAUACUUACUUGAUCCUGCUCCAUAAACUCAACUCCACUGAUACACCAUCACAAUCAGUGCAUGGAACCUUUAUUUUUACCUAAGAAACCAUCAUUUCUACAGUAGGGAACCAUGCUGGAGUGCACCCGGGUGAAGAUUGACAGAAGCAAAAAUAAUAAAUGUUAUUGGAAUAGUCUAUAGAUAACUUAGAUGGAAAGAACGUAAAUAAAUACAGGAAAGAUUGGACUAUAAAUUCCUUGAGGACAGGAACUGUAUUUUUCCUCUUUUGGUAUCCUUUCUGCUUAACCUAGUGCCUGGCAUAAGUACAAUUAGGUCUGUUGCGAGAUGGCAUCUGUGAUUCAGCUUUUUAGUUUUUGGUGAAAUUGGUGACUUUUUCCCCCUCAUUUGAAAGAAACAUGACAGAAGCUGCAGUAUGUAUGGGGGCUGUCCAUGCUGUAAAGGAAGUGUGGGAAACCAGGAUCAAGAAACAAACUGAAGACCUGAAGCGAGAAAAAGAAUUUCAGCAGAAGCUAGUGCGAAUCUGGGAAGAAAGAGUAAGCUUAACCAAGCUGAAGGAAAAAGUCAUCAGGGAAGAUGGAAGGGUCAUUUUAAAGAUAGAAAAAGAAGAAUGGAAGACUCUUCCUUCCUCUCUACUAAAACUGAAUCACCUGCAGGAAUGGCAGCUUCAUAGAACUGGCUUAGUAAAAAUUCCUGAAUUCAUCGGACGAUUCCAGAACCUCAUUGUAUUGGAUUUAUCUCGAAAUGCAAUUUCAGAGAUCCCUCGAGGAAUUGGACUGCUGACAAGACUUGAGGAACUGAUUCUCAGUUACAACAAAAUCAAGACCAUUCCCAAAGAGCUGAGUAAUUGUGCCAGCUUAGAGAAACUGGAACUUGCUGUCAACAGAGAUAUCUGUGACCUUCCUCAGGAGCUUAGCAACCUGUUGAAGCUCAUUCACCUUGAUCUGAGUAUGAAUCAGUUUACAACAAUCCCUUCUGCUGUGCUACAUAUGCCUGCCCUUGAGUGGUUAGACAUGGGAAGCAAUAAACUUAAAACACUUCCAGACGCUAUUGACAGAAUGGAAAACCUACAUACAUUAUGGCUUCAACGGAAUGAAAUUACAUGUUUGCCAGAAACCAUAAACAACCUCAAAAACUUGGGAACUUUGGUUCUCAGCAAUAAUCAACUACAAGAUAUUCCAGAAUGCAUGGAAGGAAUGGCAAAUCUCAAGUUUGUCAACUUCAGGGAUAACCCAUUAAAAUUGGAAGUAACACUUCCUCCCUGUGAAAAUACAGAUGAAGAGGAGGAAAAGGAAUUAUUUGGCAUUCAGUUUAUGCAAGUUUAUAUCCAGGAAUCUCGUAGGAAAGCGGAAAAUAAAGAAACUUGUCCAACUGUUUCGCCAGUAUCUAUAAAUAAUGAUGUAUAAACAAAAUCAAGAUGACCUAUGGAAGAGGAUUAUUUUGAGGACCUGGAGAAUUACCUAAAUUUCAGGACUUCUCUGAAGUUUUAGAAACAAACACCAGAAUUUGAAGAAUUACAACAUACAAACAUUGGGUAUUACCAGUUAUUUAAAAAGUGUUUUCUUCCUCGUGUGUGUGAACAGAAAGAACCAUAAUUUGAAACUACUUUUUUUUUUGUGGGAAACAAUUUUCCCAUAAUUUUUGCACAAAUGAUCUUAUCUGUUUAAAAUAUCCAGAGAAGGGCUAUAAAAUUCUUCGGUUAACAAUUUCUCUUUCAUUAUGUAGUUGAGUCUGGUGUUGAAGACUGUUUGGGUAAAGCUGUUAACAAGACAUUUUCUAAAGACACAAAGGAGUCUGUAUAGUACUGCAAAGAAGCAUUGUAUCCCUUCUGUUGCAAAUAUUGGAUUCGGCCUUGGUCAAUCAGCAAUUUACAGAGAUGACCUAUAUUUUUCCUUUCUUCAACAGUAAGAAGCCUAGAUCCAACAACGACAAAGCACAAAAUCAGAAUAAAAAUUAGCAAUGUGGUUUACUUAAAAAACUUAAUUAUUUACCAUAAAUACUAUAUUUUUUUAAAAGUAGCACUUAUAACUCAAGUAUGUAAACUGCCAUAUAGUAAUUGUUAAUAGAUAUGGUAAUUUCUUAGCUGAACCAUUAAUAAGCACCGGUGAGUACUUAUGCUCCUAGAACUGUGCUACAUCCUGAACCUACCCUCCAUAUUUUCUAAGGGACCUUUUAUUUGAGACCAUAAUUAAGAAUUUAUGAGAAUUUUCAAUUCAGAAUUCCAUUUUAUAAUUUGUGUUAUACAUCUUGAGAAAAUGAAUAACAAUCAUUUCUCCUUCUUGUUGAAUAUCACAAAAUACAUCACUUACCUAGAUAAACCUUCAGGAUUAUCAUCUGUUUUCCUGAAUCCUUCAUGCUCAUCUUCAUUAUCACUGGCCUGAUCAUCUCUUUUCUUUAUAUUAAUUUCUGAUGUUUCCAUAGUUGUUUCCCGCAUUCCACAAGUAGCCCAGCUACUCAUUCGCUGGAAAUAGUUAAAUUCUUGUGGCCCAAGUCCUAGGGUCUUGAAAAAUUCUUUGCCCACGUAAUGCCUCCAAUCACACCUGUGAUGACAACAGAGUGCAAUAACGAUGCCAGCUACUGGGAUCCGCUGAUCUAAUUCAUUCUUUUUACUUCCUUCGUUUACCAAAGUGUCAUUGUCUGCAUCCGUUUUAUCAUUCUUUAUACGCUUGGCUUCAGGUUCCUCAUUUAUUUCUUUGCAUUUGGCAGGAUAGGUUUCAACUAAACAUCGCAAUGCAAGAUCUACAAACAUAAUUACAUCAUAUAACCUCCAAACCACAUUGUAAGAAAUAAAUAUUUUGCACAUUUACAAGCAAUGCAGUAAAAUAUUUUCCAUUA